AUUCGUUAUCUUUUGACACUUUAGCUGUCACUUCAGUCACUUUUUGUAACUUCAUUUCAUUGUUGCGUUUUAUUUGAUGACGAGGAGCUGUAUGUGGCUACUGUAGUGUAUUUUCCUGUGACCGUAAUUAUUUUCAUGAUUACAAGGAGAUAAAUGCCGUGAUAAGUGCUACAAUAGGCUGUUUAUUCUAAUACCUAAAAGUGCUCGUGAUUUUUCUGUGCUAUGGCGGCCAACGAGAUGGGGCAAAGUCCAAGCUCCGUGUUGAGCAAAAGUGGACGGAGGAGCUCGUUCCGGAGGUUCGUACGUCGAAGCAAACUGAACAAAUCCAGUUUGAGUCACACGUUCAAUUUGCCGCCUUCCGAAGACUACCCAGAGCUGAUGAACGUGAACACGGCGACGGAGGAGCAGCUGAUGACACUGCCCGGCGUAAACAGGCAGUUGGCGCGGGAAAUAGUUAGGCAUCGGCAAAUGAUAGGCCGAUUCAAGCGAGUUGACGACCUCGCUCUUGUAUCAGGUAUUGGUGCUGACAAACUAGAAUUACUAAGGCCAGAGAUAUGCACAAAUAUAAGAAAACAAAUAUCUAGAGCAAGUUCACUGACACAGUCUUUAGAUAGUGUGCGGAUACAGUCUGAAAGCAAACUAUGUUCUGUAAACUCAUCAAGUGUAUUCCAGUUACAAUGUGUACCGGGGCUCAACCAAGAAAUAGCCGCAAACAUAGUAGACUACCGUAACAAAAAAGGUCCUUUUAAAUCCUUAGAUGAUUUAAUUAAAGUACGUGGAAUGGAUAUUGUGAGAUUGAGUGCGGUCAAACCUCACCUUAGUUUGGAAUCAAGAAAGUGUGAAAGUGUGCAACAUUUAACUAAUGGACAUGUCAAUGGUUGGAACGAGGUAGAGAGUAUGCCCAAUGGAGUCUCAAGUACUCCGAAGACACCACCUCAUAGAAAAAGCUUAUCAAUGCCCAAUAAUACUAAGUAUCCGAUGACAUUACCAAACGGUUUUGCUACGGUACCAGUGAAUGAUAUUUUGGACUUGCUAUCUGCAUACUCACAUAGGCCAAUUGUAGAAGAGAACUUUAUGUAUGAGAGAGACGGAGUAAAAUGUUGUCGACUUGCCUCGUGGAAUCUUCAUGAGCUCAGUGUGGAGAAGAUAACGAAUCCCGGUGUGAGGGAAGUCGUCUGCAGGACUAUUUUGGAAAAUAAGUUAUCCCUCAUAGCUGUACAAGACGUUUUAGAAGAGGCCGCGUUGAAGAUCAUCUGUGAUGAAUUGAACUCUCCCGUUUUAAGGAGGGUUCGAGAAUUUAGGUGUAAUAGUCAACGGUGGCAGUACUGCUUGUCUGAACGGAUAGAAAGCCGACAGUUAGGUUUCAUAUACGAUUCGGUGACAAAAGGUAUCACAGUGGAAGAUAUCGACCUGGACCAGGUCUGUCUCCUCACAGAAGCUCCUGAUGCCCGGCGCCUCGUCUCCGAGCUGACAGCAUUGCGAAGCGAAAGAUAUAUCAUUGCUCCUCAAGCGUUCCUGCUAUGCAGUAGACCACUGAUAGUCGUGAACAUGCACUUCAAGGGUACCCUGGAAGCUGAUGACGUUACCAGCCUUAGAAGUAUAGCUGACCUCGCGGUCUCCAGCAAGAUGGAGCUGGUCUUCAUUGGAGAGUUCAGGACGAGGAGUAAUGUUCAAUCAUUCAAAACCUGCCAAUCGGUACUGAACGAAGAAAUCGUUACCACGGUCGACGUGAAAGCUACGGGUCAAAGCGGCAUCCUGUGCCCCGGGAUGUUGGACAGCACCUCUUUUAAUGGACACUCGGGUGUUAUCAAAACAGGACUUAGCCACCUAGCCAUACCACGUGGCUGGUCUUGGGGAGGCCCAGCGUCCCCCUUCUGCCCAAUCUGGGCCGAAAUAAAGGUCCCGGAUUGACGAAAACAUACAUUAAUGUAUGGCAGUAACAUAAAUAUAGCUAAUUUUUUAUCCUCGGCUGUUCUACUCAUCAUACAAUGCCUUCUAAUGGUGUUAUUGCACUCAUAUUUCAAUUGAGAGUAGACAGCCAUUUUCAAACGUCAAAAUUGGCGCCAAUUUUCCUGUCAAUUUUAAGGUGUCAAAGUGUAUUUAUACUAUCUAUGGUUUAAGUGUUAUAUCUUUUUUAUUAUUACGUGAUAACCUGAUUGGGCAUGUGGGAUUUUGGUAAGGUUGACGCGAUGUCGUGUGGAUUUAUGGGCCGUUUGACAAAUUGGGUUACUUAAUUUAUUUUAGUGAACGAAUUUUUAAAUUAAGACUUGCUGUAAAUUGUACGUAAUGCAAUAAUAGUUCUAUUAUUGUGUGUACAUUUAGUAGCGUAGGACCAAUAUAAUAUAGUCCAAUUUUUGCCCAACCAAAGCAUGGAACAUUUAUCGUGAAAACUUAUAGAAAAUAUAAUCAAUUACCACUUUAGCUAAUUUUGUAUAUAAGUUUUGUUUGUAUAAUAUUAUAUUUAUAUGUAAAUAAAACGUAGUCUUUGCGGGGCAUAGACUGAAAGUGUGCUUUUUAAUGUUAAGUAGGUAGAUUAAAAAGUUUUUUGUUCCAAUUAUUUAUGCAAAAAAAAAUUCUUUUUCGUCUGGCAAGUAGUCAGUAGCAGAGUCAUUGUCGUGCGACGUGAUUCUAGAAGUGGUAAUGUAUAUUAUUUCAAUUGCAUAAAAUAUAUAAUUACAGAUGCAUUCAAUACUACAAGUAAUAAAAUACUCCAUUACCAUUCAUUUUUUUUUUCAAAUUAAUUUUAUAGCGCACUAACGCCAUCUAGUAGGUGCAUAGAUUUAAAAUUUUAUUUAUUCAUGGACCUUAAAUUAAUUAUGAUUACGAUUUGCCCACUUAAAUGAUAGAUUAUUUGAAAGCACGCUAGUUCCUCAUACCAACAGCAUUAUAACCUCAAUACAAUCAUGUAUCAGUUUAUUGUAAUAUUAUAAUUAAUUAUCGGUCGUUUUCGUUUAGUUACUGCUCUAUUUAAUUAGAUCCUAAAAUUUAUAAGAGAUUUGACUGCUGUAACUCUUGCUACUAAUUAGUGACUGAACUUAACUAGUAAUUAACGCUUUCUAUGUAAAAAUGUAAAUUUUGGCGUUCAAAUGAAUUUAAUAUUUAAGAUAAAUAAAAAUGUCUACUUAAUAUUUUUGUAUUAUGUGAUUUUGAUCUCGUAUAGAAGAAGAAAAUGAUAAUUAGAUUCGUGUAAAUUUUCAAAUUUUAUUUCAUUUGUUAGUAUUUCUGCUGCUAUCUCGUAAACGGCUGAACCAACUUUCAAUAAAAAAUACAUUUGAACAUCUUUCUAAAGUACUAUAAUAUAAAAUAUAUGGAGUAAUAUUUUUGAAAAUAAUACUGUAUAUCUGUCCUACAACAACUAAUAAUAUAAUAGGAAAUAGUUAAUAUUUAAAUUGUUUUUUUGUCUCUAUGGGGUAUUUAAGGGGUCCACAGAUAAUAUUGACCAGAGAUUCCACAACGUCUAUAGUUUAUCAAUUUUGUGAUAAUAAAAUAUUAUUUUUAUUUUUGUGGUAUUAUCUGAAUAAUUUGAAAUGUUUAUUACAUGGUGUAAAUUAUUGAUGAAUUUUAAAAAUAAAUUAUUUAAAUUAUGAUUCGAUUGUUUUAUUUUAUGGUGCAUUGUUGUCUUU